GUGAGUGUGUGUGUGUGAGUGUGUGUGUGUGUGUGUGUGAGAGAGAGAGAGAGAGAGAGGGUGAGAUAGAAAGAAAGAUGUAUGAGGAUACUGAUUAUAAUUUAAUGUCAACAUGACAGCAACUGUGUGUCUGUCUGUGUAUCCAAUCUGCCCUCUUUUAUAUCUUAUCUCCCUCCCGACUCUUCACACACACACACACACACACACACACACAAUGAAGGCAAGUCAGGCAAGUUCACUGACUGUACUACUGUACAUGGCAUGGUGCCUUUUGGCACAGCCAGAUGCAGGUGCAGGUAAAUGGGUUAGUUAGAGCAGGACACAGACAGGCUGGGACUUAAAUAAUCUCUCUCACACUCAAAUACUCUUUAUAAUGUACACAUUUCACCUAGCUGUUUUUCUACAUUUUGUAACUUAAUUUAUGUAUCUGUCUUCCUCUCUUACUCCUCUUCGGCCUCUUAUAAAUAUGCAUCAAGGAGUCUUGGAUUAGGGGCAAGGAUCCGUUUCUAAAGCACAGCAUGUGUGUGUUUGGGUGAGAGUGUGUUUGUGUGUGAGUGGGUGCAUGCAUGCUUGAGUGUGUGUGUUUGUGUCUUAAGCCAGGCAGAGCAGAAUACGGCCCGCUGUAAGCCCAGGCGUGUGUGAUUUGUGUGAAUGGGUUUAUGCUGCGCUGAUAGGCGGCGUCUUGGACACUAGAUGACCAGACGCUUCAUGGACAACGCAGGCUGUCCUGCUAAAAAUAUCAAGUGUGUCCUCUGUGUGUGUCCCAUCACUGAGUGUCACAGAGGACGAGCCGUUUGUGGAGAAGAUCCAAGAUUCUUGUAACUUUUCUGCUGGCCACAUCCUGUUCAAACACAUCUCUCUUCUUGUGUACCCUCCUCUCUCUGUCCUUACUGCCUGCUCUUAUUCACUGUUGCUCAACAGACUCUUACACAUUUCAAUCCUCUCCUACAUACACACACCUCCCCUUAUUCUGGCCCCAUUUUUCUGCUUUCAGCUCUCCUCUCCUGUUCCUUUUCUCCUCUACCUGUCCAAGACGGACAAUCCCUGGUUUUCCCACAUUUGUCUUACACCACCACUGCACAAUUCCCUCACUCUCCUAACCCCUCUGUUCCCCUAAUGGGCACCAUAUCAGAGAGUAGUGCCACAUUCCCUUCAUCGUCACUGAGAACCUCUCUCCACCCCUAACCGCCUCGCCAACAACAACCUCAACACAACCCAACGGAGACAAAAGAUAUGAUGAUGACGAGCAUGUUGACGAUGGACAAGGGCGAGAAUGAGGGAGAGAGGGACAAAGGGAGAGAGGAGGUGGGGGGAGAAGAAGAGGGCACACAGCAGGAAAAUGGUAGACUGAUGCUGGCUGAUGGUCUUGCACAGAGAGGACCCAAGAACCUGAACUCAGGCUCUGGCCAGCAGGUGUCCAAUGGCUUCUCUACAUCCACCCCUCAGAGCCCCAGGGAGGGACCAGGGACCGCAGCUUGCGCUGGGGGUACAACCUCUGGGUCUGGAGGCGGCACCGGGUCCUCUGUGCCGCUGGGAGGCCUCAGGACUCUGGUGGUCCAACAAACCAGCUUGGAGAGGCCCAGAGAAACCUGGAGCAAGAAGAUGGACUUCUUGCUGUCUGUAAUCGGCUACGCUGUCGACUUGGGAAAUGUCUGGCGCUUCCCCUACAUCUGCUACCAGAAUGGAGGAGGUGCCUUUUUGCUGCCCUACAUGUUGAUGGCGGUGUUUGGAGGUGUGCCUCUCUUCUACAUGGAACUGGCUCUUGGUCAGUUCCACCGCAGUGGCUGCAUCUCCAUCUGGAAACAUAUCUGCCCCAUAUUUAAAGGGAUCGGCUUUGCCAUCUGCAUCAUAGCCCUCUACAUAGCCUUCUACUACAACACCAUCAUGGCCUGGGCCUUGUACUACCUGCUAUCAUCAUUUCGGCCCACGCUGCCCUGGUCCACCUGCACCAACAGCUGGAACACAGCCAACUGUAACCGCUACAUGUCCACCGACCUCAAUGUGUCGUGGUCCAACUCCUCCAAAUCCCCUGCCGAGGAGUUCUAUACUCGCCAGGUGUUGCAGGUCCACCUCUCCCCUGGCCUGCACCAGCUUGGCUCUGUCAGCUGGCAGCUGGCCCUCUGCCUGCUCUUCAUCUUCACCAUUGUCUACUUCAGCAUCUGGAAAGGAGUCAAGACGUCUGGGAAGGUAGUGUGGGUGACUGCAACCUUUCCCUAUCUGGUCCUUCUGGUCUUACUCAUCCGCGGAGCCACUCUGCCAGGGGCCUGGAGGGGUGUCGUCUUCUAUCUCAAACCUGACUGGGAGAAACUGCUUAGCACUGCAGUGUGGAUUGAUGCAGCAGCUCAGAUCUUCUUCUCUCUGGGUCCGGGGUUCGGCGUACUCCUCGCCUUUGCCAGCUACAACCCAUUUCACAACAACUGCUAUAAAGAUGCGUUGGUCACCAGCUCUGUGAACUGUCUGACCAGCUUUCUAUCUGGCUUUGUCAUCUUUACCGUGCUGGGAUACAUGGCUGAAAUGAGGCAGCAGGAUGUGGAUGCUGUGGCCAAGGAUGCUGGUCCCAGUCUGCUGUUCAUCAUUUAUGCAGAAGCCAUAGCAAACAUGCCUGCUGCCACUUUCUUUGCCAUCAUCUUUUUCCUCAUGAUCAUCAUGUUGGGUCUGGACAGCACGUUUGCUGGGCUGGAGGGGGUGAUCACAGCUAUGCUAGACGAGUUCCCUCAUAUCCUAGCUAAGAGGCGCGAGUGGUUUGUCUUUGGCCUGGUGUGCGUCUGUUACCUCGGGGCUCUCUCCACACUCACAUAUGGAGGAGCGUUUGUGGUGAAGCUGUUUGAGGAGUAUGCUACAGGCCCUGCAGUCAUCACUGUGGUGCUGCUGGAAGUCAUCGCUGUUUCCUGGUUCUACGGCACCAACCGCUUCUGUAAUGACAUCCAGCUCAUGCUUGGUUUCUACCCGGGUUGGUUCUGGAGGAUCUGCUGGGUGGCCAUCUGCCCCUGCUUUCUGCUGUUCAUCAUCAUCAGUUUCCUGGCCUUCCCUCCAGAGGUCAAGUUGUUCAACUACCAGUACCCGCAAUGGACCACCGUCCUAGGCUACUGCAUCGGGGUGUCCUCAUUCAUCUGUGUGCCUGCUUACAUGGUCUACCACCUGCUAAAUGCCAAGGGCACAUUCAAACAGCGUCUGUUAAAAAGCAUCACUCCAGUGCCCAGCAGUGACGACCACAGAAACUUCAUCGUCACCAAUGCAGUCUGACCAAACCCUGACCAAAAGAAGAUGCCACUCGUAGAGGGCCCUCUUCUGGACAAACUGCAAAACUACAGGACAAAGGGGCUACCUUUCACCGUCUUUGCCUCUUUUCUCACAUCUUCUUCACUCAUUUGUCUUUCUCAUGCUAAGAUCUAGAAAAAUGGAAGUGGAGUUAGGUGGAGCCAGGCUGCGGUAGCUUUGUUUAGCUUCGUUUGGUUUGGUUUUUUAAGCCGGUUCAGUUUCAAAGGAGUUCUCUGGAUUUACUCACAAACCCAGAGCCCUGUUCAUAUUCCCAUUUCCUGCACUUAGAAGCAUCACCGUAGUAAAUUAGUGACCAAACUUUUCUUCAGGUAACACAGCCGUAGCAAAUAUUUUAUACAGUUAUACAAAGUAUGAUACAAUCUGUGUUAAUGUAGACAAAAUAACAUGCACUCAAACUAGAGAUACUGCACAUUGAAAUCAGCUGGAGAAGGACAGAUAGUUACAUUUCAAUCCACUCUCACUGUUUAUGGUUGUACUUUCAUAUUAUGCUGUUAAGUUAUGCAUUCUGAUAUGUAGCAAAAUUCAGGUAUCUUUUUACAUCUGUUACUGAAGCCAAAUAUAUGAUAUCUGUUCUGUUUGUAUUUCUAAAGAUGUUUCAAUAUUGUCCUUAUGUUGUGUUGACUGGCAUGUUGGACGAACUGCGGAUUUGAGUUCUCUACACUGUGAAGCCCUGUCUGGUAGCGACAGGAGUGUGUGUGCAAGUGUGUGUUUGUGUAUGUGUGUGUGUGUGUGAGAAGGAAAGACUGUUAUAAUGUCCAGUGGAAAAAGAUUCACAGACAGAACCAACCAUGUGUAUUCAUUCUAUAACUGCAAUAUAAGAUGUGUAUUUAUUUUAUAAUGUAUCAUGGCUAUCAUUUUGACUUCCCUCACACUUCAACCAUUACAUGACAUAGAGCUGAUGGUCCAUGUUUUAAUCUCAGUGACAUUCUGCACUCUGCUGUCUUACUGCAUAACUGUCAGUAAUAGAAACCAAAUAUGGAUCAGAGCUAAUAACAUUAUCACUGUCAUAGUCUGAAAAUCAGCGUUACUGCUCUUUACUUUCUACCAAAAAAUUGUGUGUUUGUGUGUGUAUGCACAUGUGCCUGUGUGUGAGAGUGUAUGUAUCUGUGUGUAUGUUGGAGCAAGGGUUAAAAUAUGGCAAGUACUGUACAUCUACAUGUGUAUUUACUAGUCAGUCUGGUAUUGGUGUAAUCUAUCCUGUGAAUACCUGUCUCCUCCCGCCAUGGAUGUGUGAUUGUGUGUGUUUAGAUCUUGUGUGUCAGUGUGUGUGUGCACACUUUGGUUAGUAUGUCAGUGCACACGUGGAUGGUUGUGAAAAAAGAAUUAGAGGUGUCCAGCUCCUUUAUGUGUGCAUGCUGUGAUAUGUGUGUAUACUGUAUUUCAGUGUGUGUGUGUGUGUGUGUGUGUGCGCGCAUGUGUCUGUGUGCGUGUGUAUGCAUGCGUGCGUGUCUGUAAUGUGACUUCCUGUUGUCUUGUUAACGGCCAAAAUAUCUUAUGAAGGAAGUAAACUCCCUCUUGCCUCUCUCUCUCGUACCUCUCAAGCUUAUGUAAGAUCUAUAUAUGUCAAUAAAAGACUGUAUUGAGAAAUACACCUGUAUAAAAUAAAGAUAUAUAAAUAUAUGGGAAAUAACAGAUAAUAAAGAUAUAUGGAAAU